AUGAUCAUCUUGCGCAACCCCAGCAGCCAUCCUUUGUUCCAGCCCUUGGUUCCAUCUUUUGCUUACCAUUGGGUGGUCCAGGACAAGAAGAACGAGGAAAACAAUCCAACGACCCAGAAGAAGGACGGUGCUAGUGCAACUCCAAUGACCAACAACAAUGAUACCUGUUUGACAAUAGCUCAUGGCGACUUUGAGUUGAUCCAGCAACACAAGGAUGAUGGCCACUUUCUCUUGACCACUGACCUUCCCGGUGUCAAACAUUCCCAUCUCAAGGUGGAAUUCCGCGAGAAUUCCAUUGAUGUGGCCAACCUCUCUGCAACCUUGGAGGAUGGAAUCCUGGCUGUCAAGGCACCACUCAAAAAGGGGAAGGAAGAGGACCAAGACCCCGUAUUUGCCAAUCAAAACAGCAAACUCACCGUGUUGCAGCUGGAGCCGCCUUCUUUGGAUGCCAGUGUUGCAUUGAACUUGGAAAUAGAUGUACCUGGCAUCAAAGUCAAUGAUUUGCAUGUUGUCUGUGACAAAAAGAGUGGCAUGCUCCACGUUGUUGGAGAACGCCACAAGCCCAGUGGACCAAACAAUAAGGUGACCAAGACUUUGUAUCGAUUGAACACUGGCACUGUGGAUGUGGCCAAGUUGGAAACCUACUUGAUGGAUGGAGUGUUGACAAUUCGUGCUCCUGCCAAAGCUCACCCCAUCAUGAUUUUGGCCGUGAAUGGACAGUCUCCUGUUGCUGCUUCUGAGGACUCGAAUAAGCAGCAAGAUGAAACCCCAGAGGAUACCAAGAUUGAAGAAGAAAAGAAAGAACCAAAGAAUGAAUGA